AUGGAAUGGGCUGAUUUUAAAGUAGCCUUCUUUAAAGAAUUUCGAUCAGAAGCCGAUGUGACUAGGCUUAGGAGCGAGUUUAUGAAUGACUCGCAAGGCACUUUGAAUGUUAAUGAGUUUCGGGUACAAUUUCUGGACAAAGCUCAAUUUUGCCCGAAAUAUUUGAAGGAUGAUCGGUUGUUAAAGGAGCAUUUUUAUCGCAAACUUUGUAAGAACAUUCGAGAGAAGAUUACACUACUUCAAAUUGAAUCAUUUACACAAUUGGUUGAUGUGGCUAGGUGGCAUGAGGUUGAGCAAGGCAUGCCGGAUGAUAAGACCUCCAAGAGAAGGGCGGAACAAAGUAACUCUCCAAACAAGAAGUUCCGGUCUAGUGGUAGUUCCGGGGGUGGUUCAAAUAGGAAGAACAUUCCUACUUGCAAUAAUUGUGGGAAACAUCAUUCCGGAGUUUGUUUAUUACCAUCUAAAAAGAGAUGUUUCAAUUGUGGCCAACUGGGUCACAUUAGUCGAGAUUGUAAGUUCUCCCCUAGCAAACCGACCAUGUGUUUCAAGUGCUUCAAUGAAGGACAUAUGAAGAGUGCUUGCCCAUUGUUGACGAAGGAAGAGAGGCAAGCCGAAGCAAGGAAAGCGAAUGAAAGAAAGUUGGCUAAACAAGUAGGGAAUCCGAGGGGAAGAUCGUUCCAAAUUUCGGUAGCUCAAGCUAAAGAGUCCACCGAUGUCGUGUCAGGUACCUUUCUAGUUCAUGACACACCCGCUAAGAUUUUAUUUGAUUCCGGAGCAAAUCGUUCUUUUGUUGCUACUCGAUUCACUAAAUGCUCCGUUACAAUUGUCUUUGCUUGA